GAGUGCUGGGCAAGCGCAGUGCGCCAGCCGGGGAAGCAGUUCCUUCCUCCGUCGGUAUGAGCGGCGGAGGGACUGAGACCCCUUCGGGAGGCGACGCCGCCCCGACCCCCACCGCGGGCCCGGUGGGAGGCAAGAAACGAGACUCGCAGGGACCGACGAGCUCGCCAGUUCAUCUCAUUAUCAAGGAUCUGGGAGAGAUUCAUUCUAGGCUAUUAGAUCAUCGACCAAUUAUUCAAGGAGAAACACGUUACUUUGUGAAAGAAUUUGAAGAAAAACGGGGCCUCCGAGAAGUGAGAGUUCUUGAGAAUUUGAAGAAUGUAAUCCAAGAAACUAAUGAACAGAUUCUUCCUAAAUGUAAAGAAACAAUGCAGGACCACCUGAGCCAGGUUCUCCAAAGAUUGCAAGCAGCCAGCCACUUAGUCCAUAAACUUCAGCAGAAGGAGCAGGAGCAAAGACAGCUUCAUAAUCAACACUUAUUGAUUAGUGAAAAACAACGCAUAGUCCAAUGGGAAGAUUUCAUGAAAGAACAACAAAACAAGCAGGCUGCAGUGGAUGAAGAGCACAAAAAAGCCACAGAACGCCUUAAAGAACAAUAUGCUGAAAUGGAGAAAGAUCUAGCUAAAUUUUCAUCUUUUUAAGAACGUGAAUAAUAAUAUGACAGUACAAAAACUUUUCUCUCCGCUGUGCCAAAAAAAAAAAAUCACCAAACUUAAUUGUCCUCUGUUACAAACUUAGCAAUAUGUUUGGUGGCAAUGCUGUAUCAUAAAGUUGAUAAUAAAGAUUAAAAUUUUUGGUAGAGUUCAAAUUUAAUGUUCAUUAUGAAAAGAAGAGAGUCUUAUAUGCCUCCAGCUUUAAGUGCCUCUGUGUAAUUAUUUAAAUGGGAGAGUAGGAGGAAGAAUGGAAUGAAUUGAUUCUUAUUGCUUUCAAAAUUUGCAAUCUGCCCAUGCCCACUGAAUAGAUAAGAAAAUGGCAAAUGUAGCAGAAUUCUCAGGCUAUGAAAGGUAACCUAAUCCAUUCUCAUACGUGAGAGUUAUUGUUGAAUUGUUAUAUUUGUUUAGACAAUUUAUAUAACUAAUUAUCAGUCAUCUCCAGACUAUAGGAGGGAAAUGCAUAUUGUUCUUAUGUGAGUAAUGUUCACUAAGUACUAGCCUUGAAACAGUUUGGAGUGGAGAUGAAAAUCAGGAAUAGCAAUGUCUCUGUUGAAUAAUACACUGCCUAGGAUAUUGGUGUGAACUAUGCAGUCACAUCAUGACCACAUAUUCCAGUGGAGUAAGAUAGUGAGAUUCUUACAUAGACUAGUGGCCUUUUAACAGGUAAGAUUUUGAACUUUCAGAAUUUGUUUAAAGAAGAGCUUACCAAAUAUCUGGGUUAUGUUUUUUACCCUUUUCAUAGAAUCAUGAUCUUACCUAUAGUAUUUACCUCAUUAUAUGUCUGUUUUGCAGAUGAUUAAGCCUUUUAGGUUAAACAGUAUCCACACGUUUUAUGACUAUUUGAGUAAUCAAUCUUUUGGGGAUUACAUAUGUAUUCUGGCUCUGGAAAAACCAAAAGUGUUGAUUCACAUGGUAAAAAGGCCAUGUUAGAUAUCAAGAUAUUUUUAGUGACAAUGUGUAUUCUCAUAAGCAAAUAUAUUAUGAUGUAAAAUGUACCAAUGCUGUCAUCACUGUGAUCUUUAAAAUAUGCAUUUAACAAUCUUACCUUGAGAAUGUAAGUUGUAUUUCUUUGUUUAGUCUUUGUAAAUCAAGAAGAAAUCAAAUGCAAUAAUAAUUACAGGAGGAUAUAUGUUGUAAAUGAAUUCUAAAGCAUGAAUAAAUAUUUCAAAUAAUAUAACUGCUAUGCAGUGAAGAAAGGAACAAGGAAAAAAAACUAACUCUUGUUAUCUCAGUGUUGUGACUACAUAAAAUCGACAAUGGUUGCCUGUGUAAAUUUAUGGCUUAGUGUCAAAGCUCCAUUCUUGGCAGCAUGUUGAAAAUGUGAUUAAAGUUAGUAGAGGAGACAGAAUAAGUAUUUGAGAUUUCUUUCAAUAACACUGAACUUCAGCCAACUUUCUCUGUCCGCUACCGUAAGCCUGACAGGUUCAUCAAUCAUCUUGUUGUACAUGGAGUAAAAAGAGUCCUUGCCGACAGUAAGGCAUGUUGGAAUUUUGUUAAUUCUUUUUCGUGGAUGGGAAAAAAAAACACAGCUCUAAAAUAUCCCACACAUGAGAAGUAAGAAAAGCCUUAAAUAAAAAUUGCUUUUUGAAUGGAAGGUGAUUUCUGGAAGAUCUUUACAUGUAAGUGUGUCCAACAAUGAAUGGAUAUUGUAACUAAAAAAAUUAGGUCUAUGUGCUUCAUCAAGAAUAUAUUCAAAAACAUGAUUGACUGCAGUCCAAUUUUUCUCUUCACUUAUAUUUAAGCUCAGUUGAAGUGAGCUUACUUUACCUUAUACAAGCUCCAGAAGAGCUUAUAAUCUAAAAUAAUUUGACAAGAAUCAUUAACAUUCAGGAUUAAAAAUGGAAAAUAUAUUCUUUGUAAUAACUCCUAAUUGUACCUCUUUUUCCACUAGAGUUUAAUGUUGGAUGACGAUUUCCUAGUAGCGGACACUGCCCCUUAUAUUGUCCAGAAUGACCAAAUCACUUUUUGUCUGUACUACAAACUAGUAAUCGGAUAACAGCAACAAAAAGUUCUUGUCUUGGCUUUAUUAAAAAUAAAAAAAAAAGACAAGUUAUUCUACAAAAACAAUUUUUGAUGGGUUUUUUUUGUAGUAAACAAAAAUUUAAUAAAAUUACUGAAAUCUAUUUUUUGUCUUAAAAUACUUAACGUAGUAUUUAACUAAAUAACCAACAAUAUAUAAUAUAUAUGUAUGUUGUGUGUAUACAUAUGUAUAUAUAACCAUAUGUAUCUCAAAGACUUCACUAAAUAUUAAUGCCUUCUAGUCUUUGAUUAUGCCUUAUAUAUUAUGACAAACUGCUUCUGGUUUUUUUAAAUCUGUAAGCAGGUGAAGGGAAAGCAGAACAGUACAUCAUUGUAUUCUUCCCACCCAUAUGCUUUACAGUUUUGAAUUCUUUCCAUGUUCUUUGGGGUUAUCAUUGUGGUUUGUGGAAAUGUCACUUCCAAAUAAUAUGGAUCAAAAUUUAAAGAUAUAGAUUUAGAACUAAAAGGGAUCUUAGAGACUACUACAACUGCCUCAUUUGCAGAUGAGGAAACUGGGGCCAGAAAGACUAAGUGACUAACAAUAAAUAACAAGGGGCAGGAUUUGAUAUGAAUAUAUAGUUUCUGUUUCAGUACUUAUGAAUUAAAUUGCUGUGAGACACUUGGGUAUCAUAAGUAUCAAAGGGAAUUCUCACCUUUGCUUCAAGAAAGACACUAUUUUGCAUGUAAGAUUAAGUCUCCAUCUAUGCAUCCUCUGAAGCAUUUUAACAGUGUUUGAGCUUGUGCCAGUAAUAGUGUCCUAAAGAAUUGGGGCCAGCGCUAUUUUUGUCUCGAGGAAAAGGGCAAGUAAAAUAUUUUAAAAUUAAAUGUCUUCAGUCAAAUAAUUUUGAAUACUAUUAUAAUGGAUAUUUAUUUGAUGCUUUGUUAAGUACUUCGGAACUUUGCAAGCAUGUCAUAAUUUUUCAACAGCAUUAUUAUGAAUUAAAGCAUGUAGCAAGUAGUAUUUCCAAUGUAAAAAAUGCCAUUGAAUAGUUGUAAUCCAAGGCUAUAAAUGUUCAUUGCUGAAUUGGGAAAUAGAAGAUAGAUUUAUUUAUACUCUUCUACUGUAUAUACUCCUUCCACAAUAAAUACCAUGCUAUUUUUAAUGACAUAACUAGCACCAUCAGCAAAACUACAUAUAGAUAUUUGCAUAGAUUAAAAUGUUCACUUUAUAAGGGAAGAGCCUUUAAAACUAUUCCAAAGACACUGAGUGUUGUAUGUUCUAUAAGUAAAUGAGAAAUACAUAUAGAGUUUUAUAAGAUGAUGUAUUUCUAUCAAAAAUAAAAUGUCAUGUUCUUUUAAAUUGA